AUGGCCCCGGCCGUUCCCCUCUGCCGGGCGGGGCCGCCCCGUCCCCGGCCCUGGGCGGCCCGGCGCGGUCCCGCCCUCGCCCGGCUCCCGGCGCGCCGGCUGUGGCGCUGCUGGGCGCUCCUGUGGAACGGGCUGUGGGACGGGCUGUGGGACGGGCUGUGGGACGGGCUGUGGGGCGGGCUGUGGGACGGGCUGUGGGACGGGCUGUGGGGCGGGCGGUGGGACGGGCUGUGGGGCGGGUUUUGGGGCGGGCUGUGGGACGGGCUGUGGGGCGGGUUUUGGGGCGGGCUGUGGGGCGGGCUGUGGGACGGGCUGUGGGGCGGGCUCGGCCUCGCCGCCCCUUGGCUCCGCCCGGCUCGAGCCCGGCGCCUGCCGGGGCCGGCGGGGGACGCGGGCGCCGCGGCCGCUGCCGCCUCCUCGGCGGGUUCCCCGGGCAGAGCUCCGCCGCCGCUGCCCGCUGCGGGUGGGGAAGCCCGGCCCGGGCCGCUCGAGGGGCGCUCGGGGGCCGUGCCGGGCCCCGGCCCGAACGCUGACGGCCACGUCUCGCCCGCGCGGAAGGCGAAGGGGCCCCUGCAGAAGCGCUACCGGCUGGGUUCGCUGCUGGGCAGCGGCGGCUUCGGCCGCGUCUACGCGGGGACCCGCCUGGCGGACGGAGCCCCGGUGGCCAUCAAAGCCGUGCCCCGGGAUCUCAUCCGGCGCUGGGGCGAGCUGCCCGACGGCACCCUGGCACCCCUGGAGAUCGUGCUGCUGGACAAGGUGUCCAAUGGCUUUCAUGGUGUCAUCCAGCUCCUGGAGUGGUUCGAGCUCCCCAACAGUUUCUUGUUGGUGAUGGAGCGUCCGGCGCUCUCGGACCUCUCUCGCGUAAUCACGGCGUGGAGGUUCCUGCCGGAGGAGAUGGCGUGGGGGCUGUUCCGCCAGGUGCUGAAGGCCGUGCGGCACUGCACCAGCUGCGGCGUCCUGCACCGGGACAUCAAGCCCCAGAACAUCCUCCUCAACCUGGCCACCGGCGAGGCGAAGCUCCUUGACUUUGGAUGUGCCACCUUCCUUCAGGACACCGUCUACACCCAGUUUGCAGGAACACCGUCAUACAGCCCGCCAGAGUGGAUCUGCUUCAAACGCUACCGCGGCGAGGCGGCCACGAUCUGGUCCCUGGGCAUCCUGCUCUACCAGAUGGUCUGCGGGAAGCACCCGUUCUGCAGAGGCACCAACACCAUCUGGGACCAGCUCCCGUUCCCAGCACGGGUCUCUCGAGGGUGCCAGCACCUUAUCAGGUGGUGUUUGUCCAUCCGCCCCUCGGACAGGCCAUCAUUGGAAGACCUGUUGUGCCAUCCUUGGGUGCAGGGCAUUCACCUGCUCUAGAAGACAGGAGAGAUCCACGUGCUCACUUUGAUCCAGGGGCCUGACAGCUGGGCCCUCGGCAGAACACUGACAGCCUGGUCUGGCCCCCAGGGAAGGAGAAGGGGCCUCUGGAGAAGCUGUGCCGGGUGGGGCUGCUGCUGGAGACAUCGAGGACGACGUCAGGGAUGACAAGCUCUUUGUUGUUGACCUGGACACCGGCGAGCUGAAGAUGAUGGGCUUUGAUUCUGGCCCCUUCCUCCAAGCCGUGCUCCACACGCCGUUUGCAGAUGAGUCCACACCCAGGGGGUGCUCCCGGGCAUUGCUCAGCCUGGCUGGGCACCGAAGGUUCCCCCUUUGCUGGCGGGAACCCGAUGAAUUCUUCAGCCGGCUGCCAAGCUGCUUCUUGGCAGGAGGGCGGGCGGGUGCUCUGGGCUGGGUGUGAAAUGGGAGCCCGGCUCUGCCCCCAGCCUCUGCCACUGCCCCUUUGCUGGGCGGGGCUGGGGCAGGGGCAGCCAGCCUGCCAAAAACCAACCCCCGUGGGGGGAGCAAAGGUGGGGCUGCAGAACACCAGCUGCUUUGGGCUGCAGGCCAGGAAAGGCUUGGGCUGCCUUGGCUUAGGAGCCUUUCUUUGGGGCAAUGCAGCAGGGCAGGGAGAAGGCCUGGGUUUUCCUUAGCUGGAGGAGGUGGGGUUUUUCUUUGGCCUGGAGGGGUUGGGCCUUCCUCAGAACCCUGACAGAAUGUUAACAUUUUACCUUUUUUUCUUGUUUCCACUUUUUGUUUGUCAUCUCUUGUCAUGAAUUUGUUGUUUGUUUUUGAGGGAAGAGUUGUAGCUGGUGCCCAGUCUGGAUUGGGAAGGGCUGGGACCAUCCCUGGAGAGGAUCUGACGUCCCCUCUGAGAAGGCUGAGGACAUCCUUUGGGACACGCUCUUCUUCCAGCAGCAGAUCUUGUGAGAUCUGAGGGAUCACUGGAUCUUCACGCCAGCACCAGGACUUUGCUGGAGAAGAGCACAGAUCCCCAGCCCAGUCUGGGACACAGAACCCUGUGAAAUGGCAGAAGGAUUGUGGUGUGAAUGCAGCGCCCUCAGAGCCCUUGGUGUGAGCCCGGAAAGGAAAAUCAAGGGAAAUGGUUAAAGCCUUGUUGUUCAGUGUGGAGCACAGGAGAACUUUGUUCUCAUCGUCUCCCCGAUAAGGAGGAGGACUCAGAUCUUCUGGUUGGCCCCACGGGCAGGUUGAGUGGGGGAACAGAAAAUCAAGAUGCAGAAACCAAUCUUGCAAAGGAACUGGCAUGUGAAGAGGCAGAUUUAGCAUGUCCAGAAGGAAAGGGAGAGAGAAUGUGUCAGAGAGAGAGCAGAGAGCUUCAGAAAUCCCUGAGGAAAUGGUGCCCCCGGGGAGAGGAAGAGGAUGAGAGCAUGGGCAGCCUGCUUCAAACAUCCCCCCCCAGGAGACUUGGGAUCAAUCCCUGUGCAUCCUGUAAGAAAGAUGGACACUGGAAAUGGGAUUGUCCACAACUGAAACUUCAGAACCCUCCGAACCCUCUCGUGGCAUCACUGAAGACGACUGAGGGGGCACCAGAGGAUUCUUCCCCAUCAGAACAUCUGGUUCCAGCCAAGCUAAGGACAAUUGGUUGUGGCUGUGGGAACUUGUUCCCCUGUGUUAAAUAAGGGAAAAUGAAACUCAAGUCACAAUUCUGGAACAAUUGUCUGGUGUGCCAGGGAAUUGGGAAACUGGGCCAUUUUUAAUGCUGUGGAUUUGAAAUUGGGAAAACAGUGGUUGGCUCCCCAGUGUUUGUAUUUCCCCAGUUCCCCAAAGCCUCUGCCUGGGAGAGAUCUCUUGGAAAAAUUAAAUGCCACAAUCCAAUUGAAAAAUGGUAAAAUAUAGGUUAUUAUUGCAGAGCCUAAUUCUGUGGAAGAUUCUAGUUUUGCAUGAGAGUCUCCAAAAGCAGAACUAAUCCAUCUGCCAACGUCACUUGGGGAUGCAGUGAUUCCAGUAGGAUGGGCUGGAGAGGUGCCCCCAUGAUCCAAAAGAGCAGAACUGUGAGAAUUCCAGUGACACCUGGAGCAGGGUUGGUCAGGCCAAAGCAAUAGCCUUUGAAAAUGGAAAGUUGUGAGGGAUUCUCACUCUCUGUAGAAAAACUGAUGAAAUUUUGCUUGUUAAAAGAAUGUGAAUCUAAAUGUAAUGCUCCAAUUUUGCCAGUCAAGCAGGCAAAUGGAAGGCUAUCCCAGUUAGUCCAAGACCUCAGAGCUAUAAAUGAUAGAGUAGAAGAUAUACAAGCAGUUGUAGCGAAUCCUUACACUUUGCUAACUCCCCUAAAUGAAAGUUUAAUGUUUCACAGUAUUAGAUUUGAAAGCUGCCUUUUUCUGUCUCCCUUUGAGUUGUGAAAGUCAAGAGCUUUUUGCUUUCAAAUGGGAAAAUCCAAAGACAGGGAGGAAAACCCAGCUGACUUUGGU